AGUGAACUUUUAAAGCUCCAUCUGGUAAUAUAGGCUGUAAAAGAGUUUGUCGCCCAGAUGAUAUAUAAUAUUGUGUGAAACCAUUCUAUAUUCAGCGCUCGACUAUGUUGGUAAUCAGCCAAAUUAAGAAUUUAAAUAAUUUGUUUUGUGUAUUUCAGGUGUUUAACUGACCGACCAAUGUUGUCGAUUAAAUCUGAAUUAGCUUAGAAAAGCAUCGACAUGAUGAACAAAAGAGUUAUCUUCUGUCCUAUGUUAUCAUUGAUCAUACUGGUUAGCAGUCAUUCAUUGUCGCCAGGCCCCAGAAAAUCAUCAUGCGAUCAUGUUCUUUGUUAUCAUGGUACCUGUCAAGACGGCCGCUGUCAGUGUGAUAGAGGGUGGCAAGGUUCUGCUUGUCAUAUGUGUACGGGUAGGACAAUUUUGAAAGAAACAUCUGGUGAGAUAACGGACGGUAAUGACAACUAUGCUACUGAUCUUCAAUGUACAUGGUUAAUUGAUCCAGGUAAACCAAAUACCACAAUUCGUUUAAAGUUUAAUGAAUUCGCAACUGAAUGCAGCUGGGAUCAUUUGUAUAUAUUCGAUGGAGAUUCCAUUUUUUCACCUCUCAUUGGAGCUUUUAGUGGUCUUCUAAUCAAAGAAGGCUAUUAUACUCAGGAGCUACCAGAAAUCAUUGCUACCUCAGGUCGAGCCUAUCUUUACUUUUAUUCAGACACUGCUUAUAAUAUGAGUGGUUUCAAGAUUUCUUAUAGCGAUAAUUCUUGUCCAAACAAUUGUUCUGCUAAUGGUGCUUGCAUCGAUGGGGUGUGUACCUGUAACGGUGGUUUGGAUGGACCCGCUUGUGAUAAACCCAUAUGUCCCAACAAAUGCUCUUUUCACGGUCGUUGUGAAUCAUCUGAACGUAGGUGUAUAUGUGAACCAGAUUAUAUUGGAGAUGAUUGUAGUCAAAGUGCUUCACAACCUUAUUGGAGUACUGUCCUUUCUACCGGAAAUGUCAAAGGUAGAUCACUUCACAAAGCAGUUGUUUUAAAUGAUUCUAUGUGGGUUAUUGGAGGAGAAUUUUUUGACAAAACAGCAGAGUUGAGUGAAUUUUUUGUUCGUUUUGAUCUCAAUCUGAAAAAAUGGGACCCUAUUGGCUAUAUUGAAAAAGGACCAACUCCAAGAUUUGGCCAUUCUGUUGCCGUUUACAAUGGAGCACUCUACAUGUUUGGUGGAAUGAUAAAAAAUACAAACGUAGUUAAUGAACUUUGGCGUUAUGAUGGAAGAUCUUGGACUGUUCUUCGAAAUGACGACAGUCAAUAUAUGCGUAUCCGUCAUAGUCCUGAAUUGCGUGGGCCCUUGAAAUCAAUGGGACAUACUGCAAAUGUUGUUGGUGAUCGUAUGAUUGUUAUUUUUGGUCAUAAUCCUAUUUAUGGAUAUCUUAAUUCAGUCCAAGAAUAUGAUUUUAAACGCAACAACUGGACUGUGGUCAGCACAAAUGGUGCCCAUGUCAAAGGAGGCUAUGGUCACACUAGUGUUUAUUAUCCUGAAAACAAUUUAAUUUAUGUACAUGGUGGUUAUCAUUCAUCGCUUUCUGACUCCAUCCUCGUCGAUCUUUUAUACAGUUAUCAUCCUGAUAAGAAAACAUGGAAACUUUUAAAUCCGAGCCAUUCCCCAAGAUAUCUACAUAGUGCUGUAAUUAUUAAUGGACUUAUGUAUGUGUUUGGUGGUAACGGUCACAAUGCUACGCACGAUAAUACUGGUGAUAAAUGUUUCUCCGUUCAAUUCCUAGCUUAUGACAUCGAAUGUGAUAACUGGAUUACCAUGAAAGAGCCUUCAAUUCAAGGAUCCGGUCGUUAUGGUCACAGUGCAAUUACUUAUAGAGAUCAUAUGUAUAUAUUUGCUGGUUUUAAUAGUCUUAUGCUCAACUCACUAAUUCGAUUCUCACCUGGGGAAUGUUCACCCGGCCAAUCUUACCGUAGUGAUUGUUUCAAACACAAAUACCUAUCAACAUUAUCAUAUUCAUCUAAAAACUCUACACGUUGUGAACCUCGUUCUAAAACCAAUUUCAGCGAACUUUGUCAAAAGCAAACAAACUGUCAUUCAUGUCUAGAAAAUUCGUAUGACUGUAUAUGGUGUGGUGAGUCUUGUCAUCACGAGAAAUGUAAAAAAUCUGGUUCAAAAGGUAUUAUUGAUGUUAGCAAAUGUGAUAAUCAAAAAAGAAAAGAAUCAGAUUGUGAUAAACUUGAUAAUUGUCACUAUUGUCAUACCAAAGAACAUUGCAUUUGGGUACGAGACAGUAAAUGUCGCUUCAAUCGAGACCACGAAAUGUUGACUAAAGCAGUUCUGGCUGUGUCUAAAACUCAAUUUGAGAAUGGUGAAAGCUAUUCCGAAAACAAACAAAACGAUGGAACAAUUUCUGGAACUAGUACUCGUAAUGGUGUUAUUGGGUCCAGUGAGACCAGUGGAGUGAUUUCAAAUACUCCCAGUAGUAUUUUCAAUAAUAAUGUCACUAACUUGGUCGAUGGUUCUAGCAAAGAAUGGCUCAAUGCGAUCAUAAGUGACGCAUAUCAACCUAUCUGUGAAUUACCUUGUUUUACUCGCACAACUUGUGGCAAUUGUACUCGUGGACCUUGUAUGUGGUGUUCAUCAUCACAACGGUGUAUUGAAUCAAAUGCUUAUGCUGCUGUCUUUCCUAUGGGUCAAUGUAUGGAAUGGACCAUUCAUCAUUGGAAAUGUUCAGUACUUAAUUGUGAAGACAUUCAAACCUGUGAAGCAUGCCAGAAUAAUCCAAGGUGUGGAUGGUGUGAUGAUGGAUCUAAUACAGGAGUUGGUAAAUGCAUGGAAGGAUCUUACAUGAGCCCUCUUAUACCCGAUGCAUGUCCCCAAAAACGAUGGCAUUUUGUUUCUUGUCCAGAUUGUCAGUGUAACGGUCAUAGUCAUUGCUCAACUGAUUCAAAUACCUGUGAAUCAUGUAAAGAUUUAACGGAAGGACUUCAUUGUCAAAAAUGUAUGGAGGGUCAUUACGGUAAUCCAGUUAAUGGAGGAACCUGUCGUCCGUGUUUCUGUUACAAUCACUCUACUCAAUGUAAUCCAGAUUCUGGAAAAUGUUAUUGUACUACUAAAGGUAUUAUUGGUCAUCAUUGUGAUAAAUGUGAUGAAUCAAGUCAUUAUUAUGGCAACCCAACAGAGCCUGGAGGUUCUUGUUACUACAAUUUAUCAGUUGACUUCCAAUACACUUUUAAUAUGUCCAAACCAGAAGAUUCGCAUUUUCAACGAAUUAAUUUUAUGAACGUUCCGGCCAAGCCUGAUGUAGAUGUCGAUUUUACAAUAGCAUGUUCUUCCUUCGCAUUAGUAAAUAUAUCAGUGGGAGCCCCAACAAUUACUUGGAAACAUAGUUUAUUAGAAUGUGGUUCAUUCAAGAUUCGCUUCAGUCGAGAAGAUUCUUCAUUUGGUAAUGACAAUGCAACAUUUUUCGUUAAUGUAUUCAGCUUCCAAACACCCAUUUUACUACAAAUAUCCUUUUCUCAACACCGAACUCUUGAUCUGUUGCAAUUUUUUGUGACAUUUUCUAGCUGCUUUUUAACUUUACUAAUAAUCGCAGCAAUUAUGUGGAAAAUUAAACAACGUUAUGACAUGUAUCGCCGCCGUCAACAACUGUUCCUUGAAUUGGAACAUCGAGCUAGUCGCCCUUUUGCCAGUAUUUUAAUUGAAUUGAACAACGAUGAUUGCAAUGAAGAAUUAUUGCAGAGAAAUGGUAUUAAUGAAACAGGAGAUUCAUCAACUCAAACCAUGUUACAUGCCCGUUGUGAUCCAACACCAAUCGCCUUGGAGCCAUGUAGUUCGAACAAAGCAGCAGUUCUUUCAUUGAUUCUUCGUCUACCAUCAGGUGGAUCAUCAACUGUACCACCAGGGCAAACUGGUCUAGCCAUUGGUUCCGCUCUGGUCUCUCUUGGGACACUUGAUCAAAAAUGUACUAAAUGUGUAAACUAAAACUAAAAUUACCGCUAUUAAUAUUGCCAUCCUUUGA